UUAGAUAUUAGCAACAAGGAAUUAGAUGAAAGUUUAAGCCUUUCUGAUUUUGUUAACUUAGAAGAAUUAGAUUGUUCUUAUAAUGAACUAACCAACUUAGAUAUUAAUGAUUGCUGUGAUAAAUUUUUCUUUAGGGAAGAAAUAGAGAAAAAAGUGGAAUAUUUCAAGAGGCAUUUUAAAAAUUUGGUUAGAUUAAGUCUUGAUUUAAAAAAGUAUAGAGAAAAAGAGUCUGAGUUUUAUAGUGAAAUUUUGAGUGGUAUUGCUGAGAGAACAAUUGAUUUUGCUAAAGAAAAAGAUGAACAGCAGAAAGUAAAAUUGGAAAAUGAUUUAGAAAGAAUUAGGAAUAGUUUAGGUUUUAUGGAUAAGGCAAUUUUCAUAAUUAUCAACUCUGAUGAUCCCGAUCAGAUUGUUAUAAAACUCCCUAAGUGCAAAAAUUGUCAACUGCGACGAGAGCAACCUUCAACUCGAGCAGUUGUCUACGAAGAAUGGUGUAAAAAGUGUAUCUCUUCUGAUUCUAAUAAUGAAAAAAAAGGAGAUGGAGCGGAAGAAGCUAAUGAUGAGGAAAUUAGUGCUGAUAGUUUAGAAAAUGAAAUUACUUUAAAUGUGAAAGAAGUUGAACAAAAAGCAGGGUUAGAAAGUUUGAAAGAAGUUCGUAAACAAGUUUUAUAUGGUCAAACAGCUUUAGAAUCUAUUUUGAAACACGAGAGGUUGCAAAAAUUUCAAAAAUUUUUAAGUAGUCCUUUUCGAGAAGCGUAUCAGUGUGAAAAAGAAAUAAAAAACAAACUAUUUAAAGAACUAAAAAAUGAUUUCUAUGAUUUUUAUAAACUAUGGGAAAGUAAUGAUAGAAAAUUUAAGCCUAUGGAGUUAGACAGGAUUAACCUAAUUGUUGAAAACUUAAAUGAUAGACUAAAUGGGAAAGAUAGAGAAAACGCAGAGACGGAAAUAAAGAAAGAACUGACGGCAGAAAUGACAAAUAAUGUAGAAGAAGAAAUAAAGAAAAUAUUAACGAAAUUACUAACAGAGAUGGCAAAGUUGAAAAAGGAAUUGCUUGAUGUUAAAAUUGGAGAGUACCAAGAAAUUUCUAACAAUGUUAAUUAUUAUGGAUCUAAAAACGCCGAACUUUAUAUGCUUUAUACUCAUGUUCUUAAAAAGGAAUUGCCUGAAUACAUUAAAAGGAUAAAAGAAGAAUUGGGAACUAAAUUCGUUAGGUUUAGUGAAAAGUUUAAGAAAGUAAAGGGCGAAAGUUUUGGCGAUUAUGUGGCGAAGAAGCUUGCUGAUUCAGAUGAUUUUUAUUUCAGUCCUGACCGAGUAUGA